UGCGCCCUUCAGAAAAUGUGGGCAAACUGUGCGAAACAAAUUGCGUGUUUUAUGCGUCCAUGAGGUGAAUAUUUGAAAAUGAAUGAUGAACUUGUAUUAGAGAGAGUAAAGGUUGAUUGCCAUGGAGGUAUAUCAGGAAAGGUACGGACAGAUGAUGAUGCCUAUGAUACACUGCUGGCAGAAAUGCAGGAACACUUUACCAAUGACCAGGUGGUGUCUGUCAUGUCCUACAAUCCUAGAGUUGGUGAAUUAUGUGCAGGUAUACUAAAAAACCAUUGGUACAGAGUGAAAGUAAUCAGUAAGCUGAGUGGAGGCAGACAUGGUUAUAUAGUUGCGUGCUGUUUUGUGGAUGAAGGACUAGAAAGUACCAUUCCAAUAUCAGGGUUGAAACACCUACCUCCCAAGUAUUGUGAACUGCCAUUCCAAGUGAAGAAUGUUCAUCUGCAUGAUAUUCAACCUUACUCCAUGAAGAUUUCACCAGAAGAUUUAAGUGUUUACCAGGGACCAAAGAGAUUCUGGGACGAGGCAGCAGUAAAGUAUAUCAGUGACAACAUUGAAGCUGCUACAGAGGUUAGAUGCAGCGUUAUGGAGACAUAUUUAGACGGCACUCUGUCUGUACGAAUGUUCCUUGGAACACGACGUGGCGGCCUCAUCUGCUUAAAUGAAUUACUUGUGACAGAAAAUUAUGCUACAUGGACUGAUAGACAAGAAGAAAAGCAAAGCGUCGGCCCCCAGACAGCUGAAAGUCUUACUGCAGAUAUUCAGAGAGUGUUCCGAAAGAGACAAAAUUCAAAUAGACAGAUAACCAAUGAAAUGACACGUAAAUCAGAUACUGAAUAUGCAAGUACAACAUCUUUUCCUGAUGAGAGAGGGGAUUUUAGCGACAGAUUAAGUGACUAUCAUGACCGGUUCAGCGAAUAUAACGACCGGUACAGUGAUUAUAAUGAUAAUCAGGGUAUAUCUGCAAUCUCCCAUAGAAGGUUUCAUCGUACACCUAAAAAAACAUUGACUGAUUUGGACCAAGAAAGUGACCUUAAAAGGAUAGGAUUAAGCAAGAGUCGGAAUGGUUUAAACGGUUUCUCCAACACACAUGUGGAUAUUGAUAGCCAGACAGAUGAUUCUGAGAAACAAGUUCAGGGACAGAAUCUUGGAUCAUUUGGUAGAGGUCUGUUAUAUAAUUCAGUACACGACCCAGGCAUACACAGUGACAAUACCUCAGAUAGGCAAAGAAUGAGAGGGGUAAGGGGAAGCUACUCCUCUGGUGAUGAAAAUGUCAGAAAAGAAAUUGAACGCAGACGACAAAUUAUAUUGAAUCAGCAUUAUGGACUUACAUUAGCAGAUGACAGUUUAUUGAAUGAUCAAAUCAAUCAGUCGAAGGAAGGAAUGAAAUCUCCGGAAAUUAUGAAUAGCAUAAACAAAAAUGGAUGUACUUUAGUUAAAGGCAGAGGCAUUCCAUCUCCUUCCUAUGGGAGAGGUGCUAUGUUGACCUCUGACCUAGGAGGAAAGUUGAAAUCGCAGCGAAGUGCCAGCAUGUGUUCAGAUACCUCGUCAAAUGAUGGUGCUCCUAGAGGAAGGGGUGCUAUUCUCUUAACUCAUAUUUCUAGUCAACAAUCUAUGCAAUCAGACAGAAUAAGUCCGAGUGAAACAAGGGAUGUUAGUGAUAAUGAAAGUAUUCAGGGAGUCAGAUCUCGUGUAGAGUCCUUGUCAAGUAAGAUAAGAUCUGUAAGUGAGAUUGAUUCAUGCACCGAAAGUGACAGAGAUUCGUUAUCGAGGAAUGAAAGAAGGCGACAAGCAAAACUGAGUUCUGCUAAUACAAACCCUUACAGUGACUCAAACAAUAGUGCAAUUCAUAGUAGUAGUAGAAAUUUAUCGCAAAUAAGUAGGAAUAAUGCAAGCGAGGUAUCAAAGUCAUUAAAAAAUCACGCAUCUAAAACUUCUAGUUUGCAAACUAGCAGGGGAGGUAACCCAUGUGAUAUGUCAUCAGGUAAUGAAUCUUCAGCAACAGAAGUUAGCAUUGUUGCAGCAUCAUUGAGAGGUCAGGGCGAGUUCAAGAGAGGUCGUCUUCCGAGAGAUGCAGGCUCAAAUUUAAAUCCGAGUAGAAGGUCAGACAGUGAUGUUACCUCAACAAGACUCCAGCAGCAGAUGCCUUCAUGCAUAAGUCCUGUCAACCAGUCUCAACACAAGUGUCCUAGAACCAUAGACUCGACUGAUUCUCAUCAUAUUCUCCAAACCCAAUCCACAAACUUGACUGGAUCCAGAUCAAAUGUAGACAACCAGUCACAUAUUAGACAAUCUAUUUCUUCAGAUUUGACUGGUUCGCGAUCAAGUUUGAUUAACCAAUUAGAAACAAGACAGACUGUAUCCAGUGAUCAGACUGGUUCUGUAAAUACCAGUAAUGAUCAAAAGAAAACCAGUCCAAAUAAAUUACAAAUGUUUCUGUCAAGUGUGUCUGGUGAAAAUAGCCAAAAGCAGACGACAGAUAGACUGAUGAAUAAUUUGUCAUUGAAAGAAUCAAAACCUGCUGUAAUUGAUAGUGCCAUGGUUACAAAAAGAUUUGAAGACAAUUCUGUACAUACUGCUGCCUUUACCGAGGCCAGAUCUAAAAUGAUUGGUGAGAUGGCAGGAAAAAGAAUUUUAACAAAUCUAACUCAAGGUUCUACAAGAAGUACAACAAGAACAACUUCACAGGAAUCUGGAUUUGUGACAAUGUGUCAUGAAGUUUUGGUACACGGCAGCCGUCCACCAAGGCCAGUAUAUAAACUGAAGUCUGCUAGAUUCACAGAACAUGUGGAAAUGGCGUUCAGUGCAAGGCGAUAUCCCGAUUUAAAACUUUCUCAGGCGUAUUCCUGGCCAGCGAUUACCCGCGGUCAUCAUGUGAUAACAGUGUCUCCACCUGGUGGCGGGAAAACAUUAGCAUAUUUGUGUCCACUGAUCUCAGCCCUGUCUGAUGCCAAAGUCUACCAUCAGGUUGAUAGGAAUGGGAAAGGGGUAAGCAAUUGA